UUUAUCUAAUGUUAAUGUCAGAACUCCCCACAGUCAAUCCCAUGGGCCUGCAAAUGUUCAUCUUAUCUAAUCAAACUAACCACGGUUUGGAGUUUCCUUCCUUUUCUCUUCAUUAGUGUUGACUACAUAAACAAAAGACUUGGUCAUAUGGGCAUCACGGGGACGUAUAUAAUAUGACUGCUUUUAAUAUUCCAACUUGUGAUAAAUCAUUUUAAAAGAAAGAAUUACUCAGUCUGGACUUCAAUUUCCGUCAACAUCUCUCUGGCCCUGUGUUUCCGCCGGAAUGACGACUAGUUUCCGACCACCUGCCCAUGAACAUUCACUGAUCCCCCGAGAGCUGAGUGAGAACUACAGUGUCCAAUGCCGACGCUGUGGAUGUCCCAUCCAUGGCCGGACGAACUGUUGUUUAGACUGUAAUGUCUUCUUCCACAAAUGGUGCACGGAAUGGCCGCUCCAAAUUCAGCAUCCUUGUCAUCCUCAACACCCGCUUAUCCUCGUCACUGACAAUUAUUUCAAGUCGAGCUACUGCUGCCAUGAGUGCCGCUUUUCUGACAGAGCAGAAGACUUAGUUUCGACUCUGCCUCCCACUGGUGAGCAGGCAGAGGAGGAUGAGACAGUCGAUCAUUUCGCUCAUGAGCAUCCCCUGGCCUCCUUUAGUGUGACUACACCGAACAACAUCAGAUGUGGAGCGUGCAGGCAGGAAAUCUCGGGUCGAGUUUAUGGGUGUCGUCCGUGCUUGUACCUGCUGCACGAGUCAUGCACUCAGUUACCCCAAGAGAUACUGCUACACCCUUUUCACCCCCAACACCGUCUCGUCCUCGUUGCUGAUUCCACGAAAUGGUUCAAAUGCAACACAUGUGGUCUAUUACAUCAGUUUGUGUAUUGCUGCAGUGAGUGUCGAUUCAACCUUGAUGUGCAUUGUGCGGUUUCAGCUCUGCCUCCAGAAGAUCAGCAAAACAAGGUCUCAUCCAUGGUCGACCAUUUCUCUCACCCACACCCACUGAGAUCCUUCAAUAUCAAAGAGGAGAAUAAACAUCUGACCUGCAAAGCGUGUGAGCAGCACGCAUCAGGUGACGUUUAUGGCUGCCCCGGUUGUAUGUUCUUCCUCCAUAGAUCUUGUGCCGAGUUAGAUGGGGAGAUGUUUCACUUCCAUCAUGACCACAACCUCAUCCUCUCGGCAGAGGGUCUGCACAAUGAUGGGAGUUUCAUUUGCAAUUGCUGCUUAGAAGCCUCCUCUGGCUUCGUGUACAACUGUGAAAGGUGCGACUUCAACCUCGACACUGAAUGUGCUCUUAAAACCCGAUCUGCUCUUUACGAGGGGAUAAGUGCCAGAGUUCAGCAUUUUGCCCAUCAGCACAUCUUGACCCUUCAUUACUUAAAGGGUUACAAUUGUCCCGAAUGCAAUGCUUGUAAGCAGCCUGCCCGAGGUCUAGCCUACUGUUGCCUUUCUUGCGAUCGUUUCUCCCUCCAUCUAUCGUGCUUCCAGCUGCCAUUGAAACUAGAACAUGAAUUCCAUCCAUCACAUCCCCUCACUCUUAGGAAAAUGGCAUCAGACAGCUAUGCUGCUUGCAAUGCUUGUAGGAGAAAAUGUACCGGCUUCGCCUUCCAGUGCGAAGAAUGCAAGCUCCACAUGGAUGUGGAAUGUGCUUCCCUCAAACCGACUCUGAAACAUCUAAGACACGAGCAUACCCUGGCAUAUUUUAAGAGGGCAAUGGGCCUUCACUGUAACGCUUGUGGCAGCAGCUCGAAUGCUGACCUCUACCGGUGUGUGUCUUGUGAUUUUAAUCUUCACCACGACUGCAUUCCUCUACCGCUGACAGCUAGAAGUGAAUUUCAUAUCCAUCCUCUAUUCCUUAAGGAGAAGUUUAUUAGUGGGUACGGUGACAGUGGCGAGGAGUACUGCGACGUGUGCGAGGAAAUGAGGAAUCCAGACCUCGGCGUCUAUUGCUGUCAAGAGUGUCGCUUCGCAGCUCACAUUGAAUGCGUGAUCUCCACUGUAUCACUGGAUAGAGAGAAACUGGUAAAGAAUACUCAAUGGAGCAUAGUGGACGAAGAAAUUGCAAGUGCAAAGGAAGAGAUGGAGGCAAUGAAGACACAGUUGGAGGCCCUUAUGAAGAAGAGAACCGAUAUGGAUUCUCAAACGGUUCGUGGAGUUUGAGGAGAGGACGGUGGACAAGGCUUCAAUUAGUUCAUUUUGACAAUUGGUAGAAACGUAGCAUGCGAAAUAAUGAAAGCCCUCUGGUCUCAGUAUCUUGUAAAAUUGUGAAUCCCGCACUUCUGGGAAUGCCAUUAUGUGAUGAUUCAUUGCUGAAUGACUCACUCUCAUCGGUGUCCUAUGAAGCUCAGACCGAACUCCCCCUAGAAUACGAAGCUACGGAAGUAUAGAACUGUCAGCAUGGCAGAGGAAAUUGCAUAGGGAGCAUCUGUUUCGCAUAUAUAAACGGGUAUAGAGUACUGUUUGUUAUAUCAGAAAGUCAAUGUGAAUCGGAAACCAAUCUGCCAUUCCAGUCGUCAACUACCAUAAAGU